UCCAAACAAACACUUGAUUCUUCAUAUAUCUCUGAGCUCAAGCAUGGCCUCAGUCCAAAUCCACCAAGUAUCCCAUGUCGCCGUUUUCCCAUCUCCGGUGACAGAGACGGAGGAGCUCCUCCUCCCCCUCUCCUUCUUCGAUGCCCACUGGAUCUCAAUACCACCCAUCCAACGCCUACUCCUCUUCCCUGCCGCCCCUGACCUUCAUUACCUCAAGUCCUCCCUCUCCGCCGUCCUCCGCCGCUUCUACCCACUCGCCGGUAAGCUUACCUACCUCCCUGCCACUAGCGAUGUCGCCUUGUCAUGCUCCCCUGGCGAUCACGUCACCUUCAUCGAAGCCGACUCGGAUGGUGACUUCACCCGGCUCGCUUCCGAUGAGAUCCACGACGUGGACUCGUUCCUUCGGCUCGUGCCGGAGCUGGACGUUAAGGUGUUGCCAGCGGCGGUCAUGGAAGUUCAGGUGACGAGAUUUGAUGGCGGAUCCGUCGCUGUUGGUUUGGCGAUCCAUCACGCGGUGGUGGAUGGCCAUGGGUUAUGGCUGUUCGUGGAGGCCUUGGCCAUGGCUUGCCGUGCCGGAGAGGAAGCGAUUUCCGGCAUUUCACUGGUCCACGACCGAACAUUGAUCCGCCACCAUCCUCGCGGCGACGAGAUCGCGCGCCGACUCUUGAAGAAGAUGGUGCCAAAGCUUCCUAUUAUCAAUACGCGAAGCCGAUAUGAAGGAACAAGAAGAACAUUCACAAUUAGCCGGGAUAUGAUCCAAUCCAUGAAACAACGAGCCAAAGAUGGUCACAUCCAAUACUCAACAUUCACAGCCCUCUCAGCUCUGACUUGGAUCAGUCUUAUAAAAACCAAGGCAGUGGAACUGCAGGCUAGAAGUGCUGGAUUUUCAAUGGCUUGUUUGAGGAUCAAAGAAGAAGUAGAUGAGAGUUGCAAGUGUUGUAAAAUGUAG